AAAAAUUUGCAAGUAAUUCUUUGAUUAACAAAGCUUUCUUUUGUGUUUUUCAGAAUUUCUUAGAAACCGUGAGUUCAGUUAUAUCUAUUGCGUCAGUAAAUACGUGGAGAAUUCUCUCAAAUACCAGCCAAAACAAUACCAAUCCUAGUUCUCAAUUAUUGCAGUCAGUAGAAAAUUUUAAUACUCGGCUCAAGUUGCAGAAUAACACAUUACGUAUUAAAGAAAAUAACCUUGAACUCAGUGCUAAUAGAAUUGUUCAACAGAUUGACGUCUCUGAUUUUAAUGUCACCUUUGCUAACUUUUCCGCUGUGGAAUAUUCCAAUUUAAGUGCUAAUAUAUUCAUUUCGUCUGAAGAAUUUUCAGAUGCAGCAAAUGCCACAGUUAUCAGUAUCGCAUAUCCAACAUGGAUUGACAUUUUACCCAAUACCUCAACUUUUGGUAAAAACUUCUUGAUUAAUAGUCUCGUCGUGACAGUAACAAUAAAUGUUGAGAAACCUAUUAACAUCAACAUGACCUUCUCACCAAGAAAUCGCACAUUAGAUUUCAACAGUGCCAUGUGUGCGUUUUGGGAUUUUAGUGGCAAUUUAUGGAAUGAUACUGGCUGUGAAUCCGAAAUAAGGGGAGAAGAAAUCAUAUGUCACUGUCAACAUUUAACAUCCUUUUCGAUUUUAAUGUCUCCUGUUACCAAUAAAAGUCCAGCUUUGAGUUAUAUCACCAAAAUCGGAGUUGCCAUCUCAAUCGGAAGUUUACUAAUCACUAUUAUUAUAGAAGCCAUAGUGUGGAAGCAUGUGACCAAAAAUAAAACCUCAUACAUUCGCCAUGUUGGAAUUCUGAAUAUUGCAGUAAAUCUGCUGGUCGCUGACGUAUGGUUCAUUGUGGCUUCAGCUGUAGAACCAGGAACACCGGCUUGCACAGCUGCUACUUUCUUCAUUCAUUUUUUCUAUCUUGCCUUAUUCUUCUGGAUGUUAACCCUGGGCCUGCUGCUUGUCUAUCGUUUACUAUUCCCUUUCCAUGAUC